GGAAAUCUAAUUUGCAUAUUGAAUUACCCACAGUGCACCAACAAGAAACGCCAUGAUGCCGUGCGAUAAUCAUAAAAUGAGGUAACUUGGAACGAAAUUCUGCUAAAGUUAGACGUGGGGGAGACGUCAUUUCCGUACAGUUUGAUUCUUCAGUGAUUGUCUCUGAGAGUUAGCAUAGGACACUCAAGAAGCAGACAUGGCUUACUAACAUAAAGAAGUAAGCCUCCAUUGCUCCCAGAACAUCAUGAGCAGUCACUAGAACUUUCAAGUUUUUUAAAAUGGCACAAGUUUUUGGUAACCAUCAAGACUCUACUAAGCCUCAAGAGACUUGUAUACAAAAUGGUGAGACCAUGCCCUGUGGUGUUGAUGAUGAUGAAGUGGCAUGUCUUCCAAGUUCUGAAAGUUUCCAUCAGGGAUCCAACGUCAUAUUGUCUCAAGAAGCGCAGCAGGUGAAUGACAGCCAACAAUCAAAUGGUGUUCAUGUUUUCACAAAAGAUUGUACAAAAGUUCCUUUGGAGGAAAGCAAAGAAACACCCCCUGAAAGUAACAAUGGAGAGGUACAAUCUAAUGAGAAAUGUGCAGCAAUCACUCAUAAUGUUCAAAAACAGGAUAUUGAAAGUGAUAGGCCACCUUCAGAUGGAAUAUAUAAUACAGAAAAUGUCAAAGAAAUGACAGGUGAAACUGUUGAUAGAAAUGACAGCAAUUCUCUAGAGGAUGUUGAAAAUGAAAUCUCUCCCAUGGAGGUCUUGGAAACUGUUACUGGGGAUCAUGCACUCAGCCCUGACAAACCCACCAUUCAAGCAGAUGUUGGCACAGAAACCUCCCUUGAUGAUACACACCUUUCAGAGAUUCCUGAUAGCCACAAUGUCAGUGUAGAAAAAGAGGACUCACAAGAGGAUGUAGAAUUAGAAAUAUCUUCCGUUGAAACGCACAAAUUGUUAGAUGGGGAUGUUGGUCAGACUUUUGGUUCCAGCAAGGAGGCUGCAGAAGAUGGUGUUGCAACAGAAAGCAAUAGAGAUAAAGUAUCAAUUUCUUGUAGUCAAACUCGAGAUUCAGACAGAUGCAGUUCAGGGAAAGACAUUGAAGUUGAGGAUUCUUCAAAUGAGAAACAGGUAUCAAUGGAUGUUGUAGACAUCAAAAAUCAAGACACAGGUUCAAGCAGUUUACAGGAAGCUGACCAUGUUGAAAAUUCUCCCUCAGACAAAACUCACCUAAAUGCUGCAGGCAGUAAGCCAAUAGUAUCCCAAACUGAAAAUAAUUCUAUAAAAUCUAAGAAUGAUGAUAAUGAAAAGACAUCUGCCAAUGAUGAUGAAGAUGAAGACAUUAUUGUUGUAUCAGAAAGUCAUAAAAGCGUUAACAAGAAGCCAACCUUGACUACUGUGUUCAAGUGUGUUCGAUGUGGUCAGAUUAGUAAAUCAAGAUCAGAUCUCAACAUUCAUCUUUUGAAGGUGCAUAAGCUGAUAAUAGUGUCAAAACAAAAAUCAGUAGAUUGUCUAUUCUGUUCAAAGUCGUUGGAAAUGGCUGAAUUCUACCAGCAUUUAAGAACAGAACAUAAGGUCCUCCUGGUGAAAAAUAAGGAUCAGAAUUCUGAUGCUGAUAAAACUCCUGGAGAGAAGAAUGCUUCAAGAAAUGUGCUAUCACAAGACAAAUCCUCUUCCCCUAAAGGUCUGAUUGACCUCACUGUUGAAGAUCAAGAAGAAAGUGGUACAUCUUCAGACAAACAAACCAGUGUGAACAAGAAGAGUUCAACUUCACAUUCUGUUCCAUCUACUUCCAAAGGAAUAUCCGUGCAAUCUAAUUCCAAUAGAAAACCAGUGCCAUCAACUUCAAAGGAAACUUCAGGGUCAUCUACUUCUAAUGAAGCACCAGGACCGUCUACUUCUAUGGAAACUGCAUUGUCUUUGCGAAGAACUCCAAGGAGAGUUACUCAACGCAAAUAUACUGAAGUUGCCACCGAUAGUAGUUCAUCAGAUGAUAAUGAUCCUGUUGGAGCACCUGAUGAUGAUGAUGAUGAUGAUUAUGAUCCAAAUCAACCAGAAUAUCCACACAGUCAGAAAUCCAAAUCUCCUUCAAAGGUUUCUCAAAUAGUCACUAAAGGUCUUCUGCAAACUGGAAAAAAGACGUUUUCUAUGAAAGUGCCUUCAACUCAGGGGCAGAGUGCUACAAUAGGAAGCACCGUAGUAACAAGACCAGUUCAGUUAACAUCUGGUGUUGCUAAUCCUAUUAACCGUGUUAGUAGUGGUGUUACUGGAAGACCCACAAUCUCUACACCUGCAGUACCAUCAGUCUCAGUAGGUGCAUUGCCUUCCAUCAAUAAUCAAAUCAUCAAACUUAAUGGCGCACUUUACACUGUCUACCAGUCAGGUGAUAACAGAUAUUUGAUCCCUUUUAAUAUCAAUACAUCUGCAGCAUCAGAUCUCUCUAAACUUGGAAUCAACCCACAUGUUAUUCAGUCUGGUGUUAAUACCCUACGAUUAUCCAACCCACAAGUCAUUACACCUACGACUGUACCACAGUUACCUGUCCCACAAGUUACUCAACUGUCUGUAGGAGCUGUAACCAUACCUCAGCCAGUCACUGCCAAUGUCUUGUCAGGACCGCAAACCAAUAUUUUGCAAGCAGGAGCUAUUCAACAACCUGUGAAUCAGCAACCAGUGAUUUUAUCUUCCCCGCAAGUUCCAGCUGUGCAAACCAUCCUUCUUACCAUUCCUCAGAAACCAGUUCCAAGUGCAAGCCAAAAGAAUGUCAGUGUCAUUCCAAAUAGUGCACAGUCAAGUUCCCAAGUAAUUGGGAGUAUGCAAACUGCUAGCCAGCAUGAUCUCCAAAAGAAUGCAGCAAGUGACCCAAUUAAGAGUACAGCAGCUACUAUAAAUACACAGGUACAGAGCAUUGUUGCAAACUCCAGUUUGAAUGAUAAACAAAUAAAUGUUCAGGCUUCUCAAACUGCUUCUCCCAGUCUUAAAGUCACCACUGUUGAUGAUCCACCUACUCUACCCAGUACAUCUGCCUCAUCCACUCCUCAUCCAAUCCAUAUUGCUAAACCUCAGGACAUAAAAUCUUCAAAUUUGCACAAGACUGGUGGGCUCUUUGCUUUAGAAGUGUGUUUGGAUACAGCAACCUCCACUGGUACUGAGCCAUUGCCGGAAACAAUUUACACAUGUAUCGUGCAAGAGAAGGAAACAAUAUUUGUUGAAUCAAAAGAGGAUGAAAACUCACAAGACACAGAGACAGAAAAGGUCCUGUCAGAUGCAGAGAAAUGCAAAGUUGUGAUAACAACAGCAAUGUCUAGAGGGCAUUUGAUGCCAAAUGACUUGACAUCAAUCAGUAACCACGUUUUCUUUGAAUGCACCAGAUGCCAUGCCUGUUUCCCACUACAUAUUCAGUUGAAUCUCCAUCUGAAGCAGUGCAGCAAACAAGCACCAUCCAUCAUUCCAAAGAUCAAGAUUCAUUCACCUGUAUCUGUUGUUGAUGAGUUUUAUAAAGACCCCACAGGAGGGAGGAACUUUAUGUACGUAUACUGCCGCUUCUGCAGAGCAAGGAUUGUAAGGAACCAACAGGAUCCUUCAUUGUUGGUGUCUCAUCUUCUGAAGCACAUUGAGCCGAAAGUAGAAUUGGCUAUUCUCCCUAAGAAACACAAAGGGUCUCACUGUGACAAUUCACCGAGUGAUUGCUCAAGAAAGGCGCUUGAGUGGGUUGACUACAUAGUUCCACCAUUCACUCUAGACAAUCCUCCAAUAUCUUCAAAGAAUGGCGUUCUUGAUACAUAUACUGGAACAGCAGACCCAGCACUGUUAAACCUCGCAAAACAGAAGAAGAAAAAGAAGAAGAAGAAAAAGAAACACAAGUACAGAGCAAGUGAUAGCGAUGAGGACUAUGAGAAUCUUGCUGGAUCAAGACUUUCAUCUUUGAGACCUAAGAAUGCACGUUACUUCGGGACGCUGAGGCCAAAAGAAACCACCUUACAUCAAACAGUUUCUGACAAUGGUCCAGGUUCAGGCAGUACCAUUGACUCAGCAGGUUCUAAACCAAAGGGAGUGAGAACCAUGAUGCAAGGUUUUAAGCACUUACGGUCUCCUAAUAAGAAAGGUUCAACUCUAACAGCCAGCAUUCCUAUGAAGUCUAAAUAUAGGGACCGGGAAAGACCUGGAGAAAGUACAAGAAGGUGGAAUAAUGGAAAGACAAGGUCUCAAUUGCAGUGUCACUGGAGGAGGUCAUCUCGGAGAUUUUCACAUCUUCGAGACCGUGAUGCAUCAACCCCUGAGGAUUCAACUCCAGAGGGUUCAGUAGCCCCUAUUGAAUUGAGUAGUGACGAGGAUGAAAAUCACCAAGAAAUAGCUCCUGAAGAUUCAAACAAAUUAAAUGGAGCAUUUACAGAUGUAAUGUCUAAUAGUCCAGUCACUAUAACUGAAGAUGAUAUCUCUGAUUAUGUAAAGAUCAUUGAUGAAGCUGAGGAGCUGCAGGUGGGCAACAAGGCAAUGCCGUCAAGUUCACAGGCUACGAAGGGUGGUCAAAGACAGGAUGAUUCUGACCUUGUAGACUAUUAUGGAAAUGAUGUCAACUCAACUCUCAGUUGUGAGCCACUGAUUAUGGAGCCAGAACAGGUGAUUUGCUACUUUAAAAGGUGCUCUGGAAAUGUGAUGGAAUGCCAAUUUCGUUCCUGUGGAAGUAGAGUCGUAAAGAACAUCCGAGCUAUGCUUGGCCACAUCAGGGUCCAUUUUCAGAUCCUGGUACCAAUGCAGUUGCUAGCAAACUGCGGCACACAGUUCCCAAAGCAAUCCAUCCCAAGACCACUUAGCUUGACAUUUACGCAAGUUCAAGCACACUUUACAAUUUCAGAUAUGCAGGAGGCCAACCUUCAUCUCGGUGAAGUGCAACAGAUAUACACUUGCAACUGGAAGAAUUGUACCAGGUCUCGCUGUUACAAGAAGAGUAUCUGUGGACAUCUUGUAAAGCACAUCUUCUUCACUCUUAUUUCCAAAGAAGACUACCAAGCAAUGGCAGAGACGAUGUCAACUUACUCUCCAAGCACGGAAGAAACAGUUGUUAAGAAGCUGAAAAUAGUUGCAGUAAACAAAGCUGGUGAGAAAGUUUCCUUGGUGGUGGCAGUCCCUAUAUCUCAAACAAAAACACCUGAACUUCUCAUGGCAGCAAUAAAGAAAUGCUUAGCAAGUGAUAAAUCAAUCAAGUUGCCCCCACAAGUUUUGCAAAGUAUUGCAGCAAAGUUUUCUGCUGAGGCAUCUUCAUCAUCCGCCGAUCCUGAUCUAACAAAGAUGUCAACAGAGAAUGAUGAACCAAGUUCUCUAACUAGAGCAGAGAUAGACAGUUUGUGGAAGAAGUUUCCAAACCUGCUUGAAAAAUGGAAGAUGGUAGAUGUUGAACAAAUGGAAGAGAUUAAGGAUACUACCAUUGAAUUCCAAGAUGGAGGAGAUAAAUCAAUGAUCAAAGAAAGGAGAAGAGCAGUGCAAAAGAGGUCAAAGAUUAUUGCCAAGAGAUGGAGAUCAGUUCUUCAGAAAAGACUGCCUGCCUGGAGUGUACCUGCUAAGAUACAGGAUGGAGAGUUGAAGGUUGUCAGAAGAAAGGCAAAAGACCCACAUAAACAUGGAAAGAAGAGAAAGGGAGAUUCUUCAGGAAGUGCAAAGGAAGCUCCGCCAAAUAAAAAGGACAAGGUGGAAAUGGACAAGAUUUGUGAUGAUGAAAAUACAAUAUCUGUAUCAGAAAAUCCAGUAAUAUCAUCAGACUCACCAGUUAAUGAAAAGACGGAUUCAGAUGGAGCCAGUCCUGAAGAAGAAGUUAUAUCAAAAUCUGAAAUGCCAUCAACAAAUGAAGCUGCUGACCUAGCAUGUGAGAAAGAUUCAUCUGCCAAGAACACUGAAUUGGAUCCAAUUCUAAGCACAAGUUCUGAUGGUUUUCCUCCAUCUGGUGACAGUACAGAAUUCAAAGAAAACAAAGGUGAAGCUCAGAAGUCAUCGGAUGAACCAGUGAACAUACGAACUGGUGAUAUUACCACAAGUACAAGGGAUUCAGAAUCCAUCCAGAAAACAGAUCAGGUCGAUGCUGUGUUGAUACAGGAUGAGAAAGGUGAAGAUUCACCAAUAUUGUUAAAGGCAACACCUCUUAAAACCAAAGUGGUAAUAGCUUUAACACCAAGGCAAAUAUCCAAAGUCUUCAGGUUUAGAAAACUUCUCAAGAACAAAACUGUACAAGUCAAUGGAAGAGGUUACGGCUGUGGUGUGUUCCGCUGUAGAAUGCCUCAGUGCAGAUAUUUCAAAGAAGUGAUGACGGCAGACAGGAAAAGUGAUUUACUAAGAACCCUUGCCAUGCAUUUGGCAGAUGUACACUUAAAGAAUCAUCCUCACAGAGCAAUCCUUUUGCAAUCUGGGAGCAAGAAAGAUCAGUCCCAUCCAAAAAAGCAGGUCACAGAACAUUUGAAAGACUUAUCAACCUAUGAAGAUUUCAGGAAGUUUAAGCUCAAGAAUAUGUUCCAGAGACGACAGAUGCACAGAACAAGGACUCUUCGUGUAGAUGGAUGUCAAGUGAGAACAAAGGUCAAAUCCUUCCAUAGUUGCCUGUCCAGGAAAUGUUUCUUCGGUUGUUUCAAUGCUUCUCGACAUAUUCUCAUCACUCAUCUUCAGUCACAUCUUCAGCAUCUUCAGCUUAGUGCAAAGAAGACAGCAAGACCCCAACAAGUGGAGGACUUCAGAAAUUCACUGGAUGAGAGUUUACCCAUUGGUGACCUUCCAGCUGCAAAUCAGAGCCAGGUCGAGGAGGAAAUUGUACCAUCCACCCAAGAUAUUCCAGAAUCUUCUGGUUUCAACCUAGAUGCAUCAGAAGACUGUCAAGGGCUUGGAAGUGAUGGAGUACAUCUCUGGGAAGACUCAACUCAGGAAUCAACAGACCAAUGUACCACCACCACCAGGGAUAGCUUUUCACCAAUAGACAAAGUGAUGGAGGGCGAUAAGGUUUUGGAUCCUACUGAUGUACCAGGAGAUGAACAGAUGGAUACUGUGGAUGGUAGUCAUCCAGAUGUUGCAUUAGUGAAUGAUGUUGACAUGAUGGAUGUAAGUGACUCUUUUAGAGAGUGCAAUGAUGUUGUGGAAGUUCAUGGUGAAAAUGGACAAACAGCAGAUGAUAUCACCAAUGAAGGGAUUGACCAUGUUGGUUCAUCAGAUAGGCAGCAAACAUCUACCUUGAGCAGUGCAGACGCAACAGGAGCAGGGGACAUGGUCUAUCAGGCUAAUGUGAAUCGGGACGAUAGUUUGCAGGAUCAGGUGUCAGCUUUGACUGACUGUGCUGACACAUUGCAGGAAGCAGUGGUCUCCAAAGUUAUGGAUUGUGGAGAUGGUCCUGUUGCUGACGCCAUAGAUGCAUCACCAGAUGCAGCUUCCUCAUCAUUAGUUUCCACCCCUCUGUCUCACAGUGACUCUAUCCCUGCAACAAGUGACAUGGAUGAACUGUGUAGCAGGCCAGGAGACUCCAUACAAAUGUUCUACGAUGAACUGCAGACCUAUUUCUCGUGUUACACAGUGGAAAUGAAAGGACGGAAAGGCUUCGGACUGAAGCACUUCUCAUGUCCAAAAUGCGAGAGGAAGAAUCUGCGUGGCAAUAACUUGCAAGGUCACUUGGAGAAUCACAUUGAGAAAAAGGUGGUGGUCACUCCUGUGGAUAACAUACUUGGCAGCCAUGAGAAGGCAAAGUGCCCAGAAGAUUCCCAGAGCCUACAGAUCUCAUCUGAAGCAACAGAUGAAUUGCAACAAUCGGUGACUGACACUCCUGUCACCAGUCAUGAGAAUACAAUGUCUCCAAAUGAAACAGAGAUACCAGAAGUGUCCAAAGACCAUGGCAAUACUGUGCAGAUGAAAUCUGAAAGCCCAAGAGAGGAUAAGUCAAAUCCUGAAGAACUUGAUAAUCAGCCAGACAUCAAGGCUACGGAUGAUGCCAACACUAUCUACCUCACUGAGGAUGAAAUUUUUCAUAAAUAUUUCACCAAGGACUUGAAUGUGAAAGUCGCAUUAGGGUUUGGAUGUGAGUACCUUCACUGCAACCAAUGUUCUUUUCGAACUCUGACCAUCAUGGACACGCCUUCUCAUAUUGGAUCGCAUAUCAAGAAAAAGGUCAUUCUAAAGAAAUGAAAGAGUAGAAAUACAUGUAUGUUCCGAUAGCAAAAAUUCUCAAUAAUGGUGACUUUACCUUGAAUGGUACCUGUUCAUUAUGUUGUGAUGCUGAUACAUUUAGGCUUGUUGAGCACUAUGAGCAUGGCAGCUACCAUUGAUGGCAAAGUUACCACUAUGAUGAUUUUAUGCAACCAGUCCCUGGACAUGAUUUUGAUUAAUCUUUAGAUAAAGGAAGGAAUGAUGGGGUUAAUUCUAAGGGGUACUUUCAUAUUUUCAAAAUAUUUCUUGUUGAGAGCCAUUAACCAUUAUACAGAUUUCAUUGAGUGACAUGAUCAUGAUCUUUAUUUUAACAUACAUAUGGUAACAUUAGAUUCGAUCUUCCUUUUUAUCUUCCCAAUUGGUUCAAUAACUAGUCAUGAUAAUUUUAUGCCAAAAGAAAUUUGAAAUAGCAGACAGGACAACAGUUGGAAGUAUUGCAUGUUUAUUUCUGUUAAGAGUUGUAAACCUCUUUUGUAUUUUUAUCACAUAAAUGUGAUGUUCUUAGUUCCGAGAUGCCUUCUCCCCCCCCCCUUUUUUUUUUGCAGUAUUUUUUUUAUUAAAUAAAAAUACUGCAGGUUUCAGAGAAAUACUUUUUUUUCUCAGAAUUGUGUUAUAAAGAAUGUCUAUUGCAGAAAACUUUCUACCAGAAAUCCUUUUUUAUUCAUCCAUCAAAGUAUUUUGCAGUUCAUUUUAGGAGGUUGGCAUUUCUCUUGGUUUGAAUAAUACCAUUCAAAAUUUCAUAUAAAAAGAUAUUAAAGUUACAAUAUUAUUUUGGUAAUUGAUGUAUUUAAUGUGUAAAAGGCUUAGAUACAUAAUGUCUUGAAAAUUCAUAACUGAAAAAUAAUGGAUUAUACCUGUUUUGUUGGAAACUGCUUUGGUAGACUGGAUGUGCACUGUAGUAAUCAAACCAAGUGUGUGAUUAAAAAGUGAUUUGAAUCUCUGUGCCUUUUGUUCUAUUCUCCUUAGACUGGCUUUGUAUAUAUUCAAUCAAAAUAAAUGGUAGCUAUUAACGUUUCUCGUGCUAUCCACAAAUGUGUUUAGAUUUUUUGUUUCAGUGGGUUUCCUCUUUAUUUUUUGGAAUAGAUGUUGCACUUUGAACAAACCACUAUUAUACUUAUUUCCUAGAUAGUGGUAAACAUAAUUUUGGUUAUUCAAAUAACAACAAACCAUAAAUUUUAUAACUAAUUUUCUCUUGACAAUCAAAUUGCACCAUCUCAGUCGUGUUCACAUGAAAUUUUUAUUGUAACUUUUCAUGUUAACAUUUAGUUUUUUUUGUUUUUAUUUUUAAACAGGUCUGUGUUUGACAGAAGUUGUGAUACUUAUUAGCAAAAAAUUGUUGAAUUUUGAUUACUUUGGCCUAACUGAAAAAAAAUUAAUUGAAGGAGUUGAUAAGUGUACUGGUCUUUCAAAUAAUUAAAUGAAUAUAUGAUUAAUAAUUUUUGCUUAUCAUUUUCCAACGUAUAAUGAGACUUUCAUAUUAUACAUAUGAUAAUGGUUGGUUGAAGAGUUAAAAGGAAGGUUUUAAAAGACACUUCAUGUGGUAUAUGAUUGCUAUCAGGCACGGAUUCCUCCAGAUUAGAAGCCGACUAUUAUACAAAAACGAUAUGGACCCUGAAAUGGAAUUGUGUCUACCAGUAAUCUGGCUGGAUCCGUUCCUGAUUGAUUUUUGUUUUUUAAAAGUGUUAUCAACAUAAAAUGUUGGAUUACCAGGCUUGCACAAGAAAUCAUCACAAGGAUGAUGCUACGGCCUCAUCCAAAAUUAAAGUUUUUUUUACCUGAAGCUUUGGUGAAUAGUUCCAUUCAAUGAUAACAUUGAGCUAUCAUCUAAUAUUCCAGUCUUAAAAAAGUGAUUGGAAUAUUUUCAUUUACUGAUUCUUUGUGAAGCAUUAAAUUGUGCAUUGGACGAUCCUAAUCACCAUCUUUCAGCAAUGCUUUCAUUUUUCUUUUCAAAAGGCUUGUUGAAAACUCUGACAUAAAUGCAGUGAUUGCAUAUACAUGUAUCAGAAAAUUAAAGACAGAUAUUAUUUUCAAAAUGUUCAGGCCAUUCCCAUGCUUGAGUUAUAAAUCCAUACCAAAACCAAGAAAAACACAUUUAUUUAGGGAUCUUGUCCAAACAAUUUUGUUCAGUGAAAUCUCAAAAUCACCCACUAAAACAAUU